GUUGCAUUGAAUUAAGUGUCACAUACAUACAAAAUACUUCUUAAAAUUGCUAACAGACUUCCACUAAAAACACAAAAUGGAGCUGGAGAAGAUUGAGGAUGGACUACAGGAUUCUGUUAACCUAUUGGAGCCAGGAAAUAAAACCAAGUCUGUCGGAGCAGUUAAAAUAAUAUUAAUGGUGCUAUUGUUAAAUUUUUGCUUGAUCGUGGGAACUAUUCCCUUUUAUAUAUAUAUGACCACUAUUAACGAAGUUACCAAAGAACGAUUUUUGGACUUUAUUCUUGUCGGUGGAUCACUCAUUUCCAUUCCACUACUUUACAGCUUGGGGGAUCUGUCCAAGAACAGACCUAACUUCUACUACAUUUAAGAGUUAUGUUCUUCUAUCAGUUCCACAUCAAUUUAUUUACAAAUCCUAAAUUCAAAUUGAGAUCACACUAUCCCUGCCGCCAAACUCAUAUCGACUUGAUCGUCUAAUACAUAAUUAUAAUACAUCAUAAUACAAAACUUUAAAAUAAAUUCCGUGCUUGAAGUCUCAUAUAAA